CACGUCUCGGCGUCGCAGGUCUUGGCAGGGGAAAGCCGCCGACCCCCUGCCAGGACCACCCCAGCGCUCCGUCCGUCCGUCCGUCCGUCCGUCCUGCGGUCCGCGGCCCCGGCGCCAUGGAGUGCGUGUACCGGGUGCCGUUCUGGGUGCUGGAGUGCCCCAACCUGAAGCUGAAGCGCCCGGGCUGGGUGCACACGCCGUCCGCCAUGACGGUCUACGCCCUCGUCGUCCUCUCCUACUUCCUCAUCACCGGAGGAAUAAUUUAUGAUGUGAUUGUGGAACCUCCCAGUGUCGGGUCUAUGACUGAUGAACACGGACACCAGAGACCAGUAGCCUUCUUGGCAUACAGAGUGAAUGGGCAGUACAUUAUGGAAGGACUCGCAUCCAGUUUCCUGUUUACGAUGGGAGGGCUAGGCUUCAUAAUUCUGGAUCGAUCCAACGCCCCCAACAUCCCCAAGCUCAAUAGGUUUCUUCUCCUGUUCAUUGGAUUUGUCAGUGUUCUGCUGAGUUUUUUCAUGGCCAGAGUGUUCAUGAGAAUGAAAUUGCCGGGCUACCUGAUGGGUUAAUGCCUUUUGUGAAGAAAUCAGCAGAAACCGGAUUUGCUCCUAUUCAUGAUCUUGAAAAGGCCCUUCAAGUCCUUCAAUUCGACACCUAGAGAGGAGAAGCCACAUCCAUACUUAUUGAGAGAGAGAGAGAGAAGCCCAUUGUUAAAAUUCAAGCCUUUAUGUUAACCUUAUUAGGUGUAUGUGUAUGGCCACAUAAAUACCAAAAUAUUUUUUCUCUCUGGAAGUACCAUGUAAGUAAAAUGAUCCCUUUCCUCUUAGUUUAUUUUUCUCCUCCAAAGACGAUACAGUCAUAAUAUCGAGUAAAGCAUCCUGGCCAUUUUUUACCACCCUGUUUGUAAAUUUUACACUUGAGAGAAGGUUGUAUCUCUCUGGGGGAUUUAUGUGAGCAAAAUCACUGUCAGGUUGAAUAAGUUAUAACUGUGGAAAGUUAUCUACUUUUGUCAAUGGUGCUUUGCCUUUAAACAGAGUGCUUGACUACAUUAUUUCAGAUUUGUAUGCCUAGAGGACACAGAUCUUAAAUACACUCGACAAGUGAAAUAAAUAAUUUUUCUACCAAUA